CGUGCCGCCCCGACUCGCCCCGCUCCGUCCCGCUGAGGCGGCUGCGCGUGGCCCGUCGCUUCCGGGCGCGCCUGUCGGAAGCGGGCGAGCGGCGGGGCCGGCUCCAUGUGGCGCAGGCUGCGCUCCGCCCUCGGGAGGCUCCGCGGCUCGCCCGCCACCCGCGGUGCCAUGGAGCGGGCCGUAGUGCGGUGCGUGCCGUCCGAGCCCACGCUGAGCCUGCGGUUCGUGCUCCCCGACGGCAGCGCCAAGCACAUGCAGCGCGACCAGGCGGAGCCGCUGGGCCGGGCGCUGGCCCGCAUCGCCACCAACGCCGCCAAGGGCCAUGCCAAGGCGGCGAAGAAGAGCAAAAAGGGGCGGACGGAGGGCGGCCCAGCGAGGGGGGAGGCGGCGGCGGCGGCGCCGGUGCCGGCCGUGCGACUCUUCUCCCGCGACGGGGAGGCGCUGGCGGAGGAGGUGCCCAACGCGGCGGCCUGGCAGGACGGCGCCGUGCUGCAGAUCGGGGAGGCGCGGUACCGCGUGGAGCGCAACCCGCCGGCGCUCACCGAGCUCCGGCUGCCCCGCUCGCUCCUGGCCGGCUUCCCCGUCUGCCCCAAGGUGAGCGCCGAGUUCGCCGCGCCGCAGCACUGCCUCUUCCACUGGUACCGCGAGCAGCGGCCCGCGGAGGGCGGGGGCGGCGGCCCGGGCUGGGUGGAGGCGGCGGCUGCCGGCGAGCGCGUCUUCACGCCGUCCAACGCGCUGGUGGGGCUGCGGCUGAAGCUGCGGUGCACGCCUGGGGACGGAGCUCGGCGCUACGGGCCGCCCCGCGAGGUGGAGAGCAGCGGCCCCGUGGAGGCCGGCCCCGGCGCCUGCACCUUCGACUGCCGGCACCUCUACACCAAGAAGGUCUGCGGCCAGGGCUCCGUUCGCGCCGUCUCCUACAACAUCCUGGCCGACACCUACGCCCAGACGGAGUUCUCCCGUACCGUGCUCUACCCGUACUGCGCCCCGUACGCCCUGGAGCUCGACUACCGGCAGAACCUGCUGAAGAAGGAGCUGGCGGGCUACAGCGCCGACCUGAUCUGCUUGCAAGAGGUGGAUAAGUCCGUCUUCGUGGACAGCUUGGCUCCAGCCCUAGAUGCUUUUGGACUCGAAGGGCUCUUCAAGAUCAAGGACAAGCAGCACGAAGGCCUGGCCACUUUCUACCGCAGGGACAAGUUCAGCCUCCUUAGCCAGCACGACAUCGCUUUCAGUGAAGCCCUGCUCUCGGACCCGCUGCACAAGGAGCUGUGUGAUAAGCUGGCCAAGUACCCCUUGGUGCUGGAGAAGGUGCUGCAGAGAUCAUCUGUGCUGCAGGUUUCAGUUCUUCAGUCUACAACUGAUCCUUCCAGGAAGAUCUGUGUAGCUAAUACCCACCUAUACUGGCAUCCGAAAGGUGGAAAUAUCCGUCUCAUCCAAAUCGCUGUAGCCUUGUCUCACAUCAAGCACGUAGCAUGUGAUCUGUAUCCUAGCAUACCAGUCAUAUUCUGUGGAGAUUUUAAUAGUACGCCAUCAUCUGGAACUUACAGUUUUAUAAACACUGGUGGCAUUGCUGAAGAUCAUGAAGACUGGGUCUCUAAUGGUGAAGAGGAAAGGUGCAAUAUGCCUCUAAGCCAUCCUUUCAAACUGCUAAGUGCUUGUGGAGAACCUGCUUAUACAAACUACGUUGGUGGGUUUCAUGGAUGUCUGGACUACAUUUUCAUUGAUAAAAAUGCUCUAGAGGUUGAACAGGUGAUUCCAUUGCCAAGUCAUGAAGAAGUAACAACCCAUCAGGCUUUGCCAAGCAUUUCACAUCCUUCUGAUCACAUAGCACUAAUAUGUGACUUAAAGUGGAAAUAGCUCAGCUCUUGUGUGGUGCUUUUGGGGGUUUUCAAAGACAAAACUUGAUUUACUGCUGGGGAACUGAGGUUACGCCCUGGCUUGUAUGCUACUAAACAGAAGGUCAGAAUGAUUACUGGAAAGCUCAUGUGUUCAAUGGUUCUACUGAAUAUUAUCACACUUCAGAAUAUUUACAUGACAAGUCUUCCUUUCCCUUUUUAUAUCCUAAUAGGAAAAAUAUAUUUAAGACGGGGGCUUUUGAAAAUUGAAUUAUCAUAUACCUUUUUAUCAGUGUUUUUAAAGGAUUAAGAAUUAUUUUAAGAGAUCUAUGAAUUUACUCUGAUUUAUAAGACUGUACAAACUGAACCCUGUUUAAUUCAGAACAAAAUGCAGAACCUGAAAACAAAUUGAUUUAGCUGAUUCAACCUCAUUGUAAUUACUGUCAUGACAAAGAUUUUUUUAAAGUAACUUCAGAAAUGGUCUUGUUCACUUACCGUUACUGUGUCCCAUUGUUUUAGUGAGUGGACAGUGUACUUGUCCCUACUACCUCCUGAAAAGAUGUUGUUUAAUUAUCAGUGAGUAGACUUUCUGUCAACAAAUAGCCAUAUUAAAUUCAAGGUUGUAAUUGAUUUGGAAGCAUUUUGCUUCCCCACUUAAUAUGGGUAAUAAGGGUAACUUUAGCACCUGGUAAAAUUGGAGUACACAUACAGGUAGCAUCUACUUUGAACAUCACUUUCUUCUGCUGUUUAUAGUAAUUGGCAAAAAAAGAAAUACUGAAGUUUAGGUCAGUCAACUCUGGAUGGGAGGGAGCUUUUCAGGUAGGGGGAAGAUACAGAAUAGUUAGUGGUACAUUAAUCUGUGCCUAAAUCUUUAACAACAAACACAAGUGACCUGCAAACCUGUAUCACAGUUGUUCUAUUUUGUUCCUCUAUUACAUACAAAGAAUUUUGAAUAGUGUUUUUACCUGGAUUUUUUCUUUCUAGAAAUAGUCUGGUCUUCCCUAUUUUGUAGGAGAUAAUUUGGAUGUGGGGAAAUGUAUUUUAUCUGUACCUUCACUAAAUAUGUUGGAGGGGUUUGAAGCAUUUAACAAGCUUCUUUCCCAGCAUCAUUAGUCCAUAUGAAACAAACAGUAUUUGAAAACCGUUUCACUAGGCCUCUCUCUUUCACCUAAUAAAAGUCCCUUUCCAAUUGUCUGUCACUUUUUUUUUUUCUUGUUUCUGGUGUCUUUCAUGGCAAGACAAGCCUGCCCAGGGUGGUGAAAGCAAUGUACUCUAUACUUGCACAACUGUUCACCUCCACUGCAUUUGGGGGACUGUAGGUCACAGCUGGGGUUCACUGAACUGUUUAUAUACUAAUAAAAGUUGCUUUCAAGUAGCAUA